AUGAAGAACUCUACAGUGAACUCCACCACAUCUAAAGGUCUACUUGAGUCCAAUGACGUAAUGCUGAGACUGCAGAUGUCUCUGUACAGCAUCAAUGUUCUGUUCAGUCUUCCUACACACUCCUUUAUCAUAUGGCUCAUCAUCACAGGAACGGGAAGUGGAAUUGCAUCAGACUUCUUCAUUCUUAAUCUCUCUGUUUGUGAAAUUGGUUACUGUCUGAAUAAUGUGAUUGCAUUAUUUGAUUAUUCUCUUUGGUUUUCAAAUUUCUCAGGAUUAAUAUACUUUUUAUCAGGACUGGGCAUCACUGGUCGUCCUGUGUUUCAGUGUCUGAUGUGUGUGGAGCGUUACCUGGCAGUGAUUCAUCCUGUAACCUUUCUGAAGUACAAACCUCUCAGAUACAGACUGAUCUGCUCCUCCGCUGCCUGGUUCAUUACUCUUGUCUCAUGUUCAUGCUGCAUGUUUAGUACAAUCUCACUGAAACAUGCUUUUUUUGUAGAGUUCUACUCAGUUCAGUUCCUCGUCUUUCUCUCCAUCCAGUUGUUCUGUUGUCUGGCUGUUCUCAGAGCUCUGAAGCAGUCAGGACCAGGUGAGAGAGGGAGAGAGAGAGAGGAGGAAAACCACAUGAAGAAAAGAGCGUUUAAUAUCAUUUUUAUAACUAGUGUGAACUUCAUUGUCAUUUAUCUCCCAUUUGCAACCCUGUUCUUCAUCUGA